UUUCUUUAGAGUGAGAGACAGAAGGCGCUGAGUUCUGGGUGGUUGAAGGAGGCGGGCUGUGGCGUGUGACGGUAUCAGCUGGGAAGUUGGAACAAGUUAACAGGAGACAACUCCGUGUGUGCGAGAGAGAAUGAAUGAAUGAAUGAAUGAAAAGGAAAGCGGCCUGGAUACAUUGAGGCAGGGCAGUCGGGAGCUCUCUCUGACUUCACGGGGAAUUUAUGUGUGUGGACGAGACCGGGAGAGGUUACAGUGGUCUGCUUCAGCCGGAGUUCAAUUAAAUUUCCCCAAGUCUCGAAGGGUUCGAGUCCUGGAUUCGCUGCUUUCCUGACACAGCCGCUGUUGGAUUGGAAGGGAAAUCUUAUUGCAGUUUAUUAAAAGCAAAAAUAUUGGUACUGUACCGAACCACCACGGGAAGUUUGAGGAGAAUCUACAAUGCUGAGUCUGCCCGGGACACUGCACUUUCUCUUGCCGCUUCUCAUCGCCUGGACUGAGGGUUCUAGGCUCCGUCUGGAAGACUCUGCACCCCGGGUCAUUGAGCAUCCUUCGGACCUGAUUGUGUCGAAAGGGGAACCUGCGACGCUGAACUGCAAAGCCGAAGGACGGCCCACUCCCAUCAUUGAAUGGUACAAGGAUGGAGAGCGAGUGGAGACGGACAAGGAUGACCCUCGCUCCCAUCGCAUGCUCCUCCCCAGCGGGUCACUCUUCUUCCUGCGCAUUGUGCACGGCCGGAGGAGCAAGCCGGACGAAGGCGUCUACGUGUGUCUGGCCAGGAAUUACCUCGGGGAAGCGGUCAGUCGGAACGCAUCGCUGGAAGUUGCGAUCCUGCGGGAUGAUUUCCGUCAAACGCCCAGUGAUGUUGUUGUGGCGGCGGGAGAGCCUGCUGUGAUGGAGUGCCUCCCACCCAGAGGGCAUCCAGAGCCAACCAUCUCCUGGAAGAAAAACAACGUCCUCGUUAAUGACAAGGAUGAGCGGAUCACGAUCCGAGGGGGAAAGCUGAUGAUCUCAAACACUAGAAAAGCUGAUGCUGGUAUGUACGUCUGUGUGGCUACCAACAUGGUGGGCGAAAGGGAUAGUGAGCCUGCAGACUUGGUUGUAUUCGAGCGGCCCACCUUCAUCAAGCGUCCAAUAAAUCAAGUGGUCCUGGCAGACGACACGGUGGAUUUUCACUGCGAGGUGCAUGGGGACCCAGUUCCAACCACUCGUUGGCGCAAGGAAGAGGGAGAGCUGCCACGUGGAAGGUUUGAGAUUCAGGCUGACAACAGCCUACGGCUGGCACGGGUUGGCAGUGAGGACGAAGGAACGUACACCUGUAUUGCAGAAAACAGUGUGGGUAAAGUUGAGUUCUCGGGCACUCUGACUGUUCACGUGCCACCACAGAUCGUCGUGAGACCUCGAGAUCAGAUUGUAGCUCAGGGCCGCUCCGUGAUCUUCCUCUGUGAGACGAAGGGGAACCCUCCGCCCGCUGUCUUUUGGCAAAAAGAGGGAAGCCAGAUCCUGCUUUUUCCCAGCCAGCCUCAGCCUUUGGGGCGUUUCUCUGUCUCUCCAAAAGGCGAACUGACAAUUACCGAUGUGCAGUCAGGUGAUUCUGGGUAUUAUAUGUGUCAGGCAAUCAGCGUUGCUGGCAGCAUCCUAUCCAAGGCCCUCCUGGAGGUGGAAGACGUCUCUUCAGAUUGGAUACCACCCAUCAUCCGCCAGGGCCCCACUAACCAGACAUUCGCCGUUGACUCCACAGCACAGCUUCAGUGUCAUGUAAUUGGGAACCCUCUUCCCAGUGUUCAUUGGUUGAAAGAUGGGCAGAGGAUCCUUGGUAACGACCCUCGCAUUAGCAUGCUGGAUAACGGUACCCUCCAGAUUACUAAUGUACAGGUAACCGAUUCUGGUAUGUACACCUGUGUCGCCACGGGAUCCAGUGGGGAGACCACAUGGAGCGGGUACCUGGAAGUGCAAGAAAGCGGCAGCCCAACACGCAUCCUGUCAGCAGAACCUGACCUACUGCCUGGUCCUCCGUCCAAGCCACUGAUCACAGAUGUCACCCGUAAUAGUGUCACCUUGACAUGGCAACCAAGCCAGCACCUUGGAGGCUCAGCAGUCACAUCAUACAUCAUCGAAGCUUUCAGUCAAUCUGCAGGUAGCACAUGGCAGACAGUGGCUGAGUAUGUGAAAGGAGAAAAACACACAGUGACUGGUCUGAAUCUUAACACUAUCUACUUGUUCAUCAUACGUGCAGUCAACAUGUAUGGAUUGGGAGAUCCAAGCCCCAUCUCUGAGCCUGUCCGAACACAAGAUGUAAGUCCCACAGGACAGGGGGUGGACCAUCGGCAGGUACAGCGGGAGCUUGGGGAGGUGGGAGUGCAGCUGCAGCCUCCUGUCACCUUGACGUCCACGACCAUCCAGGUCACCUGGACAGUUGAUCGCCAGGCCCAGUUUAUUCAGGGUUACCGGGUGAUGUACCGGACCAAGACUAGUGCCUGGCUUGUCCAGGAUGUGAAAUCACCAGCUGAGCGCACGACCAUUCUUGUCGACUUGAAGAAAGGCACCGAGUACGAAAUUAAGAUCCGUCCAUACUUCGAUGAGUUUCAAGGAAUGGACAGCGAGUCUGUCAUUGUACGGACGCCAGAGGAAGCCCCCGCUGCUGCGCCACAAGCUGUUACCGUGGCGACAAUUGGCUUGAGCAAUAGCACCAGUAUCAGUGUGUCCUGGGAGCCACCCCCUGCUGAGGAGCAGAAUGGAAUCAUCCAGGAGUACAGGAUUUGGUGCCUGGGAAAUGAUACCCGUUUCCAUGUCAACAAGUCGAUCGAUGGAACUGUCCAUUCAACAGUGGUGCGGGGGUUGAUAGCCGGUGUGCUGUACCGUGUGGAAGUGGCAGCAGCCACCAGUGCUGGAGUUGGGGUACGAAGCCAACCUGCAACUGUCCUUAUCAAUCCAACUUCAGACCAGGAGCCGGUUCCUGUGGAGGACAAUGAGAAUGUCAGUCUGGCAGAGCAGAUCACAGAUGUAGUCAAACAGCCAGCAUUCAUCGCUGGCAUUGGGGGAGCGUGCUGGGUGAUUUUGAUGGGCUUCAGCGUGUGGCUGUACUGCCGUAGAAAGAAAAGGAAAGAACUCAGUCAUUUCACUGCUUCCUUUGCAUACACGCCAGCAGUAGCUUUUCCACAUGCAGAGACCUCGGGCAUCUCAAGCAGCAGGCCAGGAAUGCUAAAUGCAAACGUCACCAACUACCCCUGGCUGGCAGACUCGUGGCCAGCCUCCAACCUGAUGAGGAAUGGGAAUGGAAAGGAACCUACUGCCAGCUCCUGUGUGGCAAAGCAUGAAGCCACAGAGCGCUUCUACAAUGAUGCUGGCAUUUCCAACUAUAUUGCCCAGACGGAGAAGUUUGGAACAAUGGUAUCAGAUGGCCCCAUCUACAGCACCAUCGACUCUGCCAGUGAUGAAAUGCGCACAUUCAAUGGGGCCUUCCCACCUCAGCAGACCACAUUAUAUGCCAGCACGCCUGUGGUGCCGCUUGGUGUUCAGAACCAAUACACAGUGGACCCUGUCAAUGGGCACUGGGGUCUUCAGCCUGGACCUUCCAAUGCCCAGUACUCACAGCCCGAACGUGGGAGGUCAGAAGCUGGUGGGAAAUCUGGGAAGCAGAAAUUAAAUGCCAAGCCAGUGAAAGCUCCACCCAUGAACUGGACAGAUUUACUCCCACCCCCUCCACCCAGUGUUGACAUUGAUUCGUAUGAGGAUGAAGAGGAGUUGGAAUAUGGCCCGAAUGCUGACGAAUGGUGUCCCCCGCUCCCUGAGAGAACCUACUUGGUGGAAGGCUCCCAUGACGAUGAAGGCCCACCCCCACCACCUCGUGGAGAGGCAUCAUCUCCAGCUACUUCAUAUGGGCAGCAAUCCACCGCAACGCUGACCCCCUCACCUCGGGAAGAGGCACGAUCGACCGGCCAUAAUGUCACUGAGGACAUCCCAAGGCUGCAUCAGUUUGAGAUACCACAUUUACCCCGGCGACUCCCAGUUGGACCAGUCCCUCUGCCCAGACCGCCAACCCCUCCACCAUCACAGAAUAGCCAAAGCAUGAACGGGACCGAAGACGCUCUCACGGAAUCUGCUGCUCCCCAUCGGUACGGACACAGACGCAACCUGAGCCAGACACCAGCAAUAAGCACUGAGAAUGUCAGUGUACCUGGAACAGGAAAGACGAGACAUACUCCGGUGAUGGGGAGUAGCAGCAUGAACACCCCACCCAGCCAGAAAGCUCGGGCCAAAAAGAAAGCCAAGCCGAAUCAGUACCGCCGUGAUCUUUCUCAAGGCGACCUGCCACCACCUCCUGAACCUCCCCCAGCUGAUGGAAUUGUGGAGACCCCUUACCUACAGCCCACUGGACUGGAGAGCAGCCUGACCUCACUGGACCAUGAUGGCAGUGCCUCAUCCACAGAGAGGAGGGCAUCAGCCGACCAGCGAACAGAGAGUGCGCAUUCUCACAACAGAGCAGCUUCGGCACGACACAAACAUGAGGAUGACUUGAUACCGUACAGUAAACCCACCUUCCUGCAACGGGGUCAAGUGUCGAGUAAUUGCUCCACAACAGGAAGCUCAUCAUCCAGAGGUUCAACAGGGUCACGGGGUCACGUAGCAGGACGAGGCAAAGGAGCUAGUGUCGACCGUAGUGAGGAGAAGAGAUGAACUGAAGACAGGAAUGUGGAGAAGAACCAGGCAGUAGGUGAGGCCUCUAACAGAGGCACCACCCACUCCCCUUUCACUCAGCCUUGUACAGAUGAUUUGCCUUGUACGAAAAGAUUAAAAUUUCAAAAAAUGGAAAAGUUUUACAUUUAAUUUAUGACAUGUCGCUGGGCAUCAGGAAAAUUCAUGUUAACUUUGUAAAUAAUUGGGAAUAAUUCUGUUUUCAUUUGUUUCUAAGCAUUUCCUGGCCUUCUGGUGAACGUAUUUAUAAAUGAUAAAAAAAGUUGGAUAUUAUAAAGGUUAUUGUCUGAAUGUGCCAAUCUUUUUCAAUAGCAAGUAUGCGUCUAACAGACUGAACUAAAAAAGUAUAUAUAUUUGCACUCUGUAAACACAAGCACAACGCAUUCAGGAUCUGCCCAUCAGAUCCACUAGGCCGCAGGGCAGCCAUAUUGGAAAAUAUUACUGUGCUUCCUCUGAUUGGAUAGAGUAACCGCUGCCUGUAUGUCUUAUGAAUGUUACUGUCUGUGCACCGAGAUGAUGUUUCGAUAGCGGACUGCAAUACUGAAGUGAAUAUGCGUUGGAACAAGCCGUUAGUUAGUGCCCAAUCUGUGAGAAAUGUUCUGUUUUGAAGAGAAGGCAUGAUGGAAGGGUGGCUGCUGGUAUAAAGUUUUAAUGAGAUUGAAUGUAGCCUGAUAUUUUGUUGUAUUAAAAACAUUUCAUACAAAUGUUCAUUAGAUAAAAUAUGAGUGGUUAUUUAUCUAGAGAUAUAUAGAUACAUGUAUAUGGAGGGAAACUACCUGAAAAUCUGAAAAGUUGGAGAUGUGAUUCAAGUGGAGGUUUGUCCAUUGUAUAUUAAAUUUCCUCACAUCUUAAAUGAAAGGUGGUGGUGGCAAAAUUACAGAGGUAGGUUUUGAAAUUUGAUUCUCCUGUUGCUCAUCAGGAUAUCAGACACCAUGGUAAAGACUGCCAUUUUAUGGUCAACUUAAUGAUCUCCCCUAGUGAACAGAAACAUGGCUAGGCUGUGGAAUGGCUCCAGAAAUCUUGUGUCAGAGAUUUCAGCCUGUUCUUCAGUGUAUGGAUCUCUAUGUCGAGUCCUCUAAUCUGUCAAAUGAGUCAUUUUCGGGUAUUACUUAGGCCCGUUUCAAGUUUUUAUAUUUCUCUGAAUUGGUUCCUGUCCUCUAUUAGGGUGUUCUGCUUCUUUGGUUCAUUUUUAAUAAUGACCAGUAAUGUAUCAAAUAACGCGAGUGCACAUUUAAGGAAGACGAUGAGUGUAACAAUAGGAAAGCCUUCUGUUUCCCACCAUGUUUCAAAUAGUUAGUGAAUUGUCCAGGGUUAAACUGAGGUCAGACAGAACAUUGAUAUUGCUGCUGUGUCCUGGCGUAGGCUAAUUGCAGACUGGAUCACUUGAGAGCUGAGAAGGGUGAGAUGCAUGAAUUUGAAGUAGGACAGAUAGGGUUUAGAUUGGCCUGAGACCUCUCAUCUCUAUGUCUGGAGAGCGUUUUGAUGCCUGUAAAAAACAUACCAAUGUGUUCAAGGCUUCAUGCGAAGAAAGAAUUUAAGGAAAUCAAAGUGCUCGGGUGGGCUUUUGAAUUACAUAUCUAGAGAGAGCUGCAAAAUUUUAAAAUAUCCUUCACCUUUAGGCAUAAAAAUUAGCAUAUUGGAAAGCCCAUACUUUGAGCAGGGAGUGAUAUUCACAAUUGGACUAUCACAUUGUCCUCCAGUCUCCAAUUGCAGUUCAAUCUCCAGCCUGUGUUCCUUACAAGCAAGGAUUGCGUUCCAGAAAUACACAAUCAUACAGCUCACAAAGGAAGUCAAAGAAAAUCCUUCGAGAUAACAGUUUGGACAGACAUUAUUUCAUUAUCAUUAGCCAUUCUCCAUUGUGCCUGUUCUACUUGGUCUCCAUAAGAGAAGGUAGCAGGAAUCUCAUAACAUACAUAGGUGUCUGGUUGUAAUCCUGAUAUAGUUCCAGAGUAUUGAUAAGCAUGCACGCAUCUCAAGAGCUCCGAAACUGUCUUUAAUCCAACACAACUAUGUACAAUAGGAAGUGACUGUAAGAUAUUUGUAGGGGCAGAGUUGCGUUAUUUGUGGUGGUACAGUAUAUGGGGUCAUGUGACAUGCAGAGGGAAUAGUGACAUAAAGACCGGAGAUGCUUAGCAAACACAACGUGAUGUUGUCUCAAAGCUUUGGUUAUAGGACAUUAACGACCAGCGUGUUUGCUGAUUUACAGAGGUAAAGUCAAAAUGAAUAAGCUCGAGAAAUGACAUUUUGUAGAACUAUGGGCCUGACAGAGUUAUGAAUAAGAAAGCCCAAAAACCCAAUGGUAGGAUUGAUCAACGCGCAAGGAUUUCAUAAGCAAUCACACUCCCUCUCAAACAGUUGAAAGCGUUUUCGUGUUUUCUGUUUUUCAUUUCCAGUGUAAAGUCAAAUUGUACCAAAAAUAAUGUUAUUGUUAGACCUGACCAAAAAUAUUCUGGUUUUCUCUAACCUGAAGACUAUAAUUUUUUUAAAGAAUUAAACAUUUUAA